CCUCUCUCCUAAUAUCAAAUCAUAACCAGUAUCAUCUCUUACCUCUCUCAGCUCUCUCUCUCUCUCUCUCUCUCUUCAAAACUAUACACACAUAUAGAAAUCCUUCUCUCCUUUAUAAUUCUCUGCCAACACUCAUCAAGCACACAUAAAACAAAUCAUGUUUCAUGGCUCUCUCUCUCCCUCUCGCAGCUCCGGCCGUUCACUCGCCGACAACCCCCCUUCUCCGACAACGACGCACCAAAACCCCCUCUUCUUCUUCGAUGAGACCACCGGCGACGGUGGUUAUUUCCAGCAGACGACCGGCGAUCUCCUCCUCCGACAACCACACCCCUAAAACGAGCAUUUUAAACCCGAUUCUUGUAUCCUUUUUCAGAUUAGAGCGACGGAUAGAUCAGAGAGAGAGAGAGAGAGAGAGAGAGAGAGAAGGAAAGAGGUCAAAGAUGAUGAUGCUACGGAGGUGCAUCGCCGGCAGUUCAAGGCGGUGCCACUGCUCAGGCGGCGACAGUGGAAGAGAUGAGGUCAUCUGUUCAUCUUUUCAUAUUUUCCAUUGGAGUUGUGCUGCAGAUAUUAUCAUGGGGUUCAAUGGCAUUAAUCCCGAUUGCUAGUGAAGCGCUACCGAUUCUCAUGAUGUGCGUUCUUCUUAGUAAUCUCGGCGCAGCAAUUACAGAAGUUGCAAAAGACGCGUUAGUUGCUAAAUAUGGUCAAAAAAACAAAAUAAACGGUCUCCAAUCUUACGCCUUCAUGGCUUUAGCUGCUGGUGGAGUUCUAGCCAAUUGUCUAGGCGGUUUUCUUCUGUUAGAAACACCAAAACCGAAAUCCAUGGAUGCUUGGUGUAAUACUUUUUUGAGACUUUUUAUUUUGAAAUUGGAAAAAAAGGAUUAUUAUUGAUUAAGUAGAUUUUUAUUUUGAAAUAAAGUUUUGGAUA